CUGACCCAGAUACUGGGAGUACACUGACCUCGGGUACCUCUACUAUCGUCCUCAUCACAUCCAUCAUCGCAGGCGUCUGCUUGCUGCUGCUUCUGUGUGCACUGUGCUUCAUUUUGUGCUGGAGGAGGAAGAGAAGAAGGAGAAGGCGAAAGACUCCAGAAGACACCUUGAGCAGUUUCUCUGACAGUGCUAGCACAGCCAGCAGUCUGAAACCCCCACAGCCUUAUUUAGGUUAUGCUGUUCCAUUCUACAUACCUCCACCCCUCUCAGUAACCAGUGCAGGAAAAGAUGCCCCAGGUUCACGUCUGGCUCUAGAAUUUUAUAAAUCCAAGCCUGGAUCUGGUUCCCUUGACCAAGAUGUGAUAAGUGCCUCCAUGAACUUGGCCGAGGAAGACUUGUAG